CGAGCUAAAACACUCCACGUUACGUUGUUAGCAGUUUAUUUUAAAGCAUAAAACAUGCCAAAAGACGUUUCGUCGUUAUCGAGCGAGGAUGAAGCGAAUGAUGUUGCCACGGAAACAACGGCACAGCAGAACCGAACCGAGAAGAAGACCACAAGGUUUGAGUGUCCUGAGGACUUUGUGUCUUUUUGCCAUGUCCCCUGCAGCAGCACCUUGGCAGAGAAUCUGAGGAGCAAUGAGAACGAGUUGUGGCUCAUUAAAGCUCCUGCCAGCUUCGAUCCCCAGUGCUUCAGCGGCAUUAAGGUUCCCCUCACAGGUCUUCAGACCCUUAAGGUUCCUACCACUUCCACGAGCAGACCUGACCAGCAGAUCUACAGCGUCCUGGCGUCCACCCACUGCUCCGCAGAUCUUCACCUGCUCACCAGUGACAGUCAGACAUCGGAUGGCUUCGUCUUUGCUCCUGCAUUUUCUGGCCUGCUAAACAUCUGCGAGAGCUACGGAGACGGCAGCACCAACCAGGUCCCUCACAUCAUCCCUGCCACUCCAGCUCCAUCCAUACCCCUCGGCCUUAAACAGCGGUUCCACCCCUUCGGCAGUAAGACCCCCACUCUUACCUAUGUGGCUGAGAAUGAGGCAGACGGAGCUGCGUUCGGUCCUUCGUCCACAACCCUCCGGCCGCUAGUGGUGAAGCGGUUCAUAGAAGAGGAGGGCUGCGGGGACGAAGACAACAAUCAGGAGGAGGAAGGCAGGAAAAGAAAGAAGAAGAAAAAGAAAGAGAAGAGGAUAAAGUCAGAACAAAUGGAGGUGUUGCUCAGAGUAAAACGGGAACCUGCUGAUGAAAUUCUGGACGAAGGGAUGACGGAGCUCCAGGAGGGCGAUCAACAGGUGGAGAAGAUAAAAAAGAAGAAGAAGAGGAAGAGCAAGGAGGACAGGGAACGAGAGGAGGUGGAGGAGGGACUGGAGCCCAGUGUGAGAGUGAAGGUGGAACCCGUUUUUGUGAAAUGUGAACCAGUGGACACUUUGUACAGCGACGCAGCAUCGGGCUCGGGGAAGAAGAAGAAAAAGAAGAAGAAAAGCAAAACUGAGGAGGACUAAUUAUUGUUAGGACAUUUACCUCUACUUCCCUCCAUCGUUUCAAAUGUAUUCAGCAAGCAUGAACUCUUAAAUGAGUUGAAGUGAUGAAGCUGAUCUAUUUUGAAUCUUUAAGGCCAGUUUUCCUCACAUUUAAAUGUCAGUGAUGUGACCUGAGAUGCAGGAAGACGUGACAGGAUGGAAAACAGUUCCAGUUCCUGUCAACUCGUGCUGGAUUUUACGGCUUAAAGACACUCUGUGUUGAGGUGUUCAUUUCCACAACCAACGCCACUGCUUUGGCAGUCGAGCUGAUGAAGACAUGAUAACGAGACGGUGUCACGCUGAGAUUUACUGUUUGUUUUUCAGCUGAGGGUUUCAGGCCUGAUUUGGAGACACCAACUCUAAAAGCUUUUAAAUAAAGGUUUAAUAUGUGGAAA